CUGUCACACACACAGUCGCUCUCCCACCCACGGAACGUUACGUACGCUGGAAGAAAAGUGAAAGUCAAGAUGCGCAUUUUCCUGCUGGUGGUGGCGGCUGCCCUUUCGGCUGCAGCACAGGAGACCACCCCGACAGAAGAAAACCUAGCAGCAACAGAUGGUCCUCGUGAAUUCUCAACAUACCCACCUAGCAAAUGCCGUUACUACUGUGGGUACGAGGGAUAUGCAUACUGCUGUGAUGAUGGCACCAGACCUUUUCCCCCCGAUCACGAUAACAAUGUAGGCGCUUGCGUAGAAAUGGAAGAACACAUCUGUGAAAAUGACGCUAUCUACUAUACCAUCGUUGACAAUAAUGGGGUGAACACGACGAAGCAGCUGUUCGAGGGCUCGCCAGUGGACACGCCCCCUUGCGCCUCCGACGGCUACUGCGCCGAGGACGAGAAGUGCUGCCCGACGCCCUGCGCCAGGAAGCACCUGUGCCUCGCCGCCGCAGCGGAGGUUGCUCUUCGCGAAUUCUCAACUCCCCCGCCAAGCAACUGCCGCUACUACUGCGGUUACGACGGGGAUGCUUACUGCUGCGAUGAUGGCACCAGACCCAUUCCUCCGGAUCACGAUGACAAUGCAGGUGUUUGUGUAGACAUGAGCGAACACAUCUGUGAGGACGAUGCUAUUUAUUACAACGCUAUUGAUGGGACCGGAGCGAACACGACGGAGCAGCUGUUCGAGGGCUCGCCAGUGGACACGCCCCCUUGCGCCUCCGACGGCUACUGCGCCGAGGACGAGAAGUGCUGCCCGAGAUCUCCCUUAGUGUCGUAA